UUUCAAAAGAGAAAUUUCUGGGAUGCCAAUUCGACUUGGUUCUUUCAGUCUCUAUUUAUAGAAGAUACAGAACUUACACCAGAAACAGCGUGCUCUGAGCUUUCUGACCAUGGAGUUCUCCCUGUCAGUCGUUAAAAUAGUAUACCUUCUUCUUGCGGGCUUUACCUUGGUUCCUGGAUACAGCUGUGCAAGCGACUGUGGAAAUAUCCCAAAUAUCUCUUAUCCGUUCUGCUUGCAAAAUGAUCUUGAAUUUUGUGGAGAUUCACCGUUUCAACUGUUCUGUGAAAAGAAUCAGACCACUAUAGAAUUGUUUUCAAAGAAGUAUUUUGUAGAGAGUAUUAUUUAUGAUGACUAUUCAAUCAGAAUAGUUGAUCCUGGUAUAUUUGGAGACAAUUGUUCUUACAUACCUCACUACUUCUCUACCAAUUCAUUGUGGGGGAACACCAGCAACAAGGAUGCGUCAUACUCAUAUGUUCUACUGGGCUCACUAUCAGUUGGUGAUCUCCACAAGGGCUGCUAUGUUGCAGAUGAUACUUACAUAGAUUUCACCGGCGAUUAUGAACCCCAGAAUCUAAGUUACUCCACGAUAAGAGGUCUGUUAGAGGAUGGCAUAACCCUCAACUGGAGUCCAGAGGGUUUCCGGAAUUUGCUGUCAGCUAUUGCAAGAGAACUGUUUACACUGCUACAAGCUUCCGUCACACCCGUGGGCUAUUUUUUACUUGGGAGAACAAUACUUGGCGUGUUAUGCUUCUCAGCGUUCCUGAUCUAUAAGCUAAGAAGUAGGCACCUUGCGAUGGAUCACAAGAUCGAGGAGUUCUUGAGUGAAUAUAAGAAUCACAUGCCCAAAAGAUAUUCCUACUGGGAACUUUUUAGGAUGACAAACCGUUUCAAGGAGAAACUCGGACAAGGAGGUUUUGGUUCUGUUUACAAAGGUAAGCUUCCGAAUGACACUCCUGUUGCAGUAAAGAUGUUAGGUAAGUGCAAGGGCAACGGGCAGGACUUCGUCAACGAGGUUGCAACGAUUGGUCGAAUUCAUCAUAUGCACGUGGUGCAGCUCACUGGCUUUUGCGCCGAAGGAUCUAAAAGAGCUCUCAUCUAUGAAUUCAUGCCCAAUGGGUCCUUGGACAAAUUUCUUUCCUCUCAGAUUGGAGAUAACGACAGAUUAGGCUGGAAGAAGUUGCAUGAGAUAGCACUAGGAAUCGCUCGGGGAAUCGAGUACCUUCAUCGAGGCUGCAGUAUGAAGAUUCUUCAUUUCGACAUCAAGCCCCACAAUAUUCUCCUUGACGAGAACCUCGUCCCAAAAGUUUCGGACUUUGGACUCGCAAAAUUCUAUCCUAUAGAAGAGAGUAUCGUGUCUCUCACUGCCGUGAGAGGGACCAUCGGAUACAUAGCACCGGAAUUGUUUUACAGGAGGGUUGGAAAUAUUUCGUAUAAAUCUGAUGUUUAUAGCUACGGAAUGUUGUUGAUGGAGAUGGCUGGGAGGAGGAAGAACAUUCUAGACCAGCAUGCAAAUAGUUCGAGCCAAAUCUACUUUCCGUCGUGGAUAUACGAUCAGCUUACUCUGGGAGACCUGGGACUAGGGGAGGAUGUCGCGGAGGAUGAGAAGGAUACGUUCAAGAGGCUGGUUAUAGUGGCUCUGUGGUGCAUACAGAUGAAACCCGUUGAUCGGCCGUCGAUGAGCAGAGUCGUGGAGAUGCUAGAAGGGAGCGCGGAACAUCUGGAGAUGCCGAGGAAGCCUUUCUUGGCAUCUCCUGAUCGCUGGGGACAUGUCGAUGACCAGGCAAGCGAACUUGGAGCUUCAAAUUCGUUCGAGCGGCCUUCUUCAGAAUCCAUUUUAAGUCCCAGAUGAAAGAAGAUCCAGCCUAUACUGGAAUCCGAAUUAACUUAUGUACUGUCAGCGUUGCACAACAUAAUUAAUGCUAUCUCAUGUUUAGUAUGGAUAUAUCAUCUUAUUCAUUUAGGAACCAGCAGGAGUAAUAUGUUUGCUGAUGCGUAAUGUGUUCUGUGUAACCCUCUCUAUGUGCAAGAGAUACUAGCCUCCAUUUCUGAUUGCUGAAUAGCCACUGUUUCUGA